GUCCCGUCCCCCUCCGCUUGGAGUUUUCCCAGCGUGGCCGCGUGCUUUGCGGACCCCUCCCCAGCCUGUUCUGCACAGGUGGUUCGCCUGGAAGUUGGGGGGGGGUUUGCCCCUGGUCCCAGGCGCGGUUCCUUCCCGGGGCGGGUGGCGGAAGGGGUCGCGCGCCCUCCAGGCCGGGCCCGGAGCCCUGCGUGUCCCCGGCGGGAACUGCGCAUGGGAACCAGGCUCUUAGUCAUGAACUUGACUGAAACUGGCCCUGAAUGCGGCGGGAGGUGUGCGGUGCUCAGGGGCCGCCGCGUGCCCCGUGCAGCGUGGCGCUGGAGGUGGGUAACCCCUCGGAGCACCUGUGAGGUCUCGGGUCCAAGGGGAAUAGCACCUGGCUUGAGAGGCGCGGUCCAGAGACUGCUGGCGGGGCGCGCUGCUGGCCGGUGGGGAUGUAGCCUUGUGCCUGGUCUGAGUCCCGCGGGGUCCGUGAAGAACCCAGCCAGCUCGGAGAGGGCGGGGAGGCGGCCUGCGCCCCAGAACCAUGUCUACACGGGAGUCCUUUAACCCCGAAAGUUACGAAUUGGACAAGAGCUUCCGGCUGACCCGGUUCACGGAACUCAAGGGUACAGGCUGCAAAGUGCCCCAGGACGUGCUGCAGAAGCUUCUGGAGUCUCUGCAGGAGAACCACUUCCAGGAAGAUGAGCAGUUCUUGGGCGCCGUUAUGCCCAGGCUCGGCAUCGGCAUGGACACGUGCGUCAUCCCCCUGCGGCACGGCGGCCUGUCCCUGGUGCAGACCACCGACUACAUCUACCCCAUCGUCGACGACCCCUACAUGAUGGGCAGGAUCGCCUGCGCCAACGUCCUCAGCGACCUCUACGCCAUGGGGGUGACCGAGUGUGACAACAUGCUGAUGCUCCUGGGGGUCAGCAACAAGAUGACGGACAGGGAGAGGGAUAAAGUGAUACCCCUAAUUAUACAGGGCUUCAAAGACGCGGCCGAGGAGGCAGGGACGUCCGUGACGGGCGGCCAGACCGUGCUGAACCCCUGGAUUGUCCUGGGCGGAGUGGCCACCACGGUCUGCCAACCCAACGAAUUCAUCAUGCCAGACAACGCCGUGCCGGGGGACGUGCUCGUGCUGACCAAGCCCCUGGGCACGCAGGUGGCCGUGGCCGUGCAUCAGUGGCUGGACAUUCCCGAGAAGUGGAAUAAAAUCAAGCUGGUGGUCACGCAGGAAGAUGUGGAGCUGGCGUACCAAGAGGCCAUGAUGAACAUGGCCAGGCUCAACAGGACAGCCGCAGGCCUCAUGCACACGUUCAACGCCCACGCGGCCACGGACAUCACAGGCUUCGGCAUCCUGGGCCACGCGCAGAACCUGGCCAGGCAGCAGCGCAACGAGGUGUCCUUUGUCAUCCACAACCUGCCCGUGCUGGCCAAGAUGGCGGCCGUGAGCAAGGCCUGCGGCAACAUGUUUGGCCUCAUGCACGGCACCUGCCCCGAGACCUCAGGAGGGCUCCUGAUCUGCCUCCCGCGCGAGCAGGCCGCCCGGUUCUGUGCGGAGAUCAAGUCGCCCAAGUACGGGGAGGGCCACCAGGCCUGGAUCAUCGGCAUCGUGGAGAAGGGCAACCGCACGGCCCGCAUCAUAGACAAGCCUCGCAUCAUCGAGGUCGCCCCCCAGGUGGCCACGCAGAACGUCAACCCCACGCCCGGCGCCGCCUCCUAAUCGGGACCCGCGUCUCGCUCAGUUUGGUUUCUCGGUAGAUGGUUUCCUCGCGUCACUUCAGUUCCAGACUCCGAGCAGCAGCAGCAGCAGCAGCAGCCGCCCCUCCUCGUGCCCGCCGGGCCCGGCGCGGGGAGGAAGCAGUGGCAGGAUAGAGUCCAUGGCCUUUUUCCCUUUUCCUUUUUUCCUGUUACAUUACCUGAAGCUGUGCCCGUCCCGCGGCGGCUUCUGAGUUGGGAAUGAUAUUAUUAUCCAAUACUGUUGAUUCAUUUUGAAUCUUUAGACUCUUACUCUUGCCACACAGGCGCUUCCGAACGGUGCUUCCCCGCAGCACAGACACUUGGUCCCCCCGUGCCCCCCGGCCCCGUCUCCACCCGGUGUAUUUAUCACUGUCAGCGUCCGGACAGGACUCUGGGCAGGGCCGUGGCCGGCGGUGCCAGGCAGCUCAGUAGCCCACAGGAAGGCUGCACGGUGCCUUCCCGGCUCUGGUGCGUACGCCCCGUCCGUCCAUCCGUCCAUCGUCGUCGUCUCCCAAGGGCCGCUCACUGCUCAGUGACCAGUGCUCCACUCUGCAUGGGAAGCACCUUGAAGACAGGAAAAAAAGUCAUUUCUCACUUUGUAGCCUUCCUGAUAACUCACAGUAAUACCAUUAACCGUUGUCUUUAUUGGUGGCAAAAAAAAAAAAAGAUACUUUUUGCAACUGUAAUUAGAUGUUCUAUAGUACAAGGCAUUGCCUUGCGGUGUCCUGUAUAAUUCUCAUUCACAAUUCAAGAUAAUUACUCAAUAAUUUUUAAUGUAAUCGAUGAUAAGGACUGUCCAAUGGAUGGUAGUGUUAAAAAUGCCUUUUAUAUUUUGUAUAGUGAUUUGCAGGCCUUUUUUUUCCCCCCUUCAAAUCAGUUGCCGUUUAGCCUGAUUCUUAACCCCCUUUUUUUUUUUUUUUUUUUUGGUUCUUUACGCCGUAAUUUUUGUGCACGCUUCUAUGAUCUGUGUUUAAAAGAAAAAACAAAACAAAACAAAACCCUACAACCACACUGCAUCGCCAGCAGCCUGAACUGAAACUUGUUAUUCGAAUAAAUAUUUAAUUUUUUUUAAUGCUCUUGUAUAAUCAGAUGCCCCUUUUAGUAUUAUUUUAGAAGUGUGGGGAGGGUUUUGGCUAAAAUACAAUUUAUUGGGGGAGAAACUAGAUUUUAGUUUUAUAAAACUUUUAAGUCUUUCAUGGGACCUAUAUUUUCUUGAAUUAAAUUUUGUAGUUCUAGCGCAAGUAGGCACUGUCCACAGGUGUGUACUGUCACCGCACGGACGCGUCCUUCCUCGCCACCGUGGAGCAGCUCCUCGGCGUUAAGCACAAGCCUGUCCCGUGGCCCGGGCCCGCCGUGGCCCCCGCCCCGCCACUCACCAAAGGAAGCGGCCCCUGGAGACGUGCCCGGGGGGCGGCUCUGGCUGGCCUCCCGCCAGACCCAGCACCGCCUCGUCCACGUGGAACUGAAACUCAAGCCAUAGGCCAGAGCACGGCGCCCCGAGCCACACGCACGGACACUUGUAGCAACUGAGCCGGCCGCCGGCCCUCCAGCGACAUGCAGUGGUCUGCAAAAUAAAAUGUGUUGGAACCCUCUGAGUAAGGAACGGA